CUCAUUUAUUUUCGUUUCAAUUUGAUUUGGUUUACUGAUUUCCUUUUUCAUUUACUUUUUGUUUCAAAUAAAAUGAAUCAAAACUUUAUAUUUCUUCUUAUUUUUUUGAUUUUUGUUGAAGUUGCUGCUCGAGGUGGUGACCAUGGCGGCGGGGAUCAUGGAGGUCACGAUCAUGGAGGCCACGACCAUGGGGGACAUGACCACGGGGGGCAUGAUCAUGGAGGUUGGGGUGGUCAUGAUCAUCAUGAUCAUCAUCAUGGUGGAUGGGGAGGACAUGAUCAUGACCAUGGAAACGGAGGUGGAGGUGGUGAUAACGGAUGGGGAUAUCGACCAUUUACUGGAUUUGGAGGAAGAAAUUAUUACGGAGGUGGGGGUGGUGGUCUUUUGAGCCGUUUGUUUGGAUGGAGAAGACGUGGAUAUAAUAAUGGGUAUUAUGGAUAUCCAAACUAUGGAUAUACCUGUAGAGUGUCUCAAUUUGUUGAUUAUGUCGGUCGAGUUCCAAGAUUCUACUGUGAUUGCCCACCGUACCCGCCAAAUUAUCAAUGGAAUCAGUGCAGUCCGAUGUAUAGUGGAUAAAUCUUCGUUUCAGUUUUUCAAAAUUAAUUUACUUUUUUAAAGUUUUCGCAAAGUUAGGAUUAUGAAAGCUACAGUGAAGCAAUAAAGAUAUUCUUAACUA